AGACAAAUCCAAGCAGUUACGGCGAAAACCAGAUAGCGAAGAAACAUUCCUCUUUUUCCCAUUUCUGGCUCAGCCAAAUUGCCUAACUCUUCUCUUCUCCUCACAGAGGAGAAAGAGAGGAAGAAGAAGGAAAACCACUCUUUCUCCGUAAACAUAAACCGAAAUCCAUCUCUCUUCUUCCCCGUCUGUGUCUAGGGUUACCAGUUCCACCUUUGCCUCUCUUCUUCAACCUUCACGAACCACACAUUGCUUCGAGAUCGGCACAUUCGUUACGAUUCUUAUCUGAAUUCUUCGAUUUUACAACGUUUGUAGUCAGAUACAUACAUUUUUGUACAGAUUGAGUGUACAGAUACCUGGCUAAUUUUUGUUUCAAUGGUCUGCUCAAUCGGAAAUGGUCGAAUGGCGGUCAUGGCUAGGCUUAUUGAAGCUGGGAAAUUAUCCCAGAGAAAAGCAGGGGAAAUUGGCCAGCAUAAAUUAGCUGUGCAGCACAUCUAUAGAGAAUUACGUGAGGCAAAUGAACCAAAUUUGCUUGAUGAAGAAGACAUGCACAUCUUUGGUUUGAAGCCCAUGGUUGAUCCUUUGCAUUUGGUAUGCUGCAAUGCUUGCAAGAAGCCAAUCAAGGCCAGUCAAUAUGCAGCUCAUGCAGAGCUUUGUAGCUCAUUAAGAACCACAGAAGAAAGUGCUUUGGAGAUAGAUGGUGGUCUAGGCCGAAGGAAGCCUCCAAGGAAGGAAAGGAAAAAGCCUGCUGCUUAUACCAACCAACCUACACCAGGUUUGGAGCAAGAGAGAUAUGAACUUAUUAAUAUUGAUGAUAGUACUGCCUCAAAAUCCCAUGAAAAUGGGAAAAUUUCCUAUUCAUUCUCUAUGGAUUCAAAAAGAAAUUCCUCUAUUGUUGGUAAGGAGUCUAUGAUGGAUAACUUAAGAGCUAAUCAUGAGAGUAGAGACCACUCAGCUUCUGUAGUGCUACCUUCAGCUAAACGCUCUAAAUUGAUGGCUGAUGAGUGCAUUCCAGCAUUGGAUGUUCCAGAAAAUGCUUCUGGUUUGACCAGAAUUCAAAACACCCAAGAUAUCUAUGCCUGUAAGGCGAGUUACUUCCUAUUAGGUUUCUACUUAGCAAUGGCUGUUAACAUGAUUGGCUUGCUAGUCUAUUUGGUUGACUGGUUGGAAUCAACUAAGGGUUCCUCUGGAAGAAGAAUUUCAGGCAGUAAAAUACUAAAUGAUAUACAUGAAAACUGUGGACAAGUCCACAAACAUUUUCUGCAGACAAAAAGUGUUCCAGUUCCUCUUGCUACCAAGAUUUAUUACUCUCAAAGAAGCAGUCGUCUUCGCUUGGCAAUUAGUCAUCAGUACCAUGAUGCAUGGACCAACGAACUGUCUAGUGGUGGACAAGCAUCACAGCGAAACAUGAUGCUGUCAAAGACAUCAUCACAGGCCUCUUCACUUGAGCAAGGGAGUGAUCUACUCAUCAAGGAGAAAGGACCUUCUGCACAGAAACCUGAUCAAACUCUUGCACAAAGUUCAGAAGUAUGCUUGAGUGAUCCUGGAAAACCACCAUCCAGUAACUCUUUAAAUCAGCUUCCCCUUGAGAAUGUUCCAAGGUCUCAGGCUGCCUCUGUUGGAUUUACAAAAAGCAGAUAUAUUACAAAUGCUUAUAAUUUCUCAGGCAACUCAGGUAGUCUACUAACGGUUUCUAUUAUUGUUUUAAGUUUGAAUUCUUUUACCUGUGCAAUGUAGUUGCUUACAUUGAAGCUUAAGUGGACUACCUAAAUUCAAAAGUGAUUGAUAACUUGUUUAGUGAUUUGGAUACACAAACUUAGUGGCUCUAACUAUAUUCCAAAUCUUAUAAUAUUGGGCUUGUUAUCGUGUCCAAGUGAUACUGAGUAUAUUUUCUCAAGCUAGUUAGUUUCUAAUUUUCCUUCUGAUUGUCCAGUUUCCUAAUUUAGUUGUUGGUGAAUGCCAUGAAUGCUGGAAAUAAGCUGCAUGUGUUGGUGUUUGUUUUUUGUUUUGUAGGAGAACUGAUGGGGACCAUGCAGCAGCCAAACGGCAGUGUUCCUGUUGUAUAGAAGUCCUGGUAGAGAUUUAAUUUAACUAAACAAAGGUGUAUUUAGCCAUACAUGAGGUUAGGAUCCAUUUUUGAUUUUGAGAAAGCAUAUCGCUCCAAUUGUUCAUUCUACCAUUCUAGCCUACUUUGUUAUCUCACUGUUUAUAUUUUUAUGGAAAUAAAAGAAGUAUCUACUA